AUGGGCAAAUCAAGCAAGUUCUACAAGAAGCCCUCGCUCAAGGAGAAGCAAGCGGUGCAGGGCAAGGUGCGAUCUUCAACCUCGUCAUCAGCUAGUGCAUCAGCUUCCAGUGCGCCAGUGUUCAAGCAGGUCGCAGUCAAGAAGGCAGCUUUGACCGGUAAAGCGCUCGAAAAGCGCCAAGUACUAGAACAAAAGUCACGGCAAAAGGAAGAGGCCACUCGCGCAGCCAAACCUGUCUUCCGUCAAGCUGGGGCAUCAGCAACCACAAGUCGCGCAUCCAUUGCACAAGAGGAGGACGAAGAAGACGAAGGCAUGGAGGAGGAAGACGAUGAUCUGAUCAAAAGGCGCCCGCGCAACCGGCAGAGGAAGGAUUGGGGUCCCAUGCCCAAGGAGAUGGGCAUCGACUACCUCAAACAAUGGGAUUCUCGCUCGUGA